AUUCCCUGAGUGCUAUCGCCCAGUGAUUCCGUGUGUUUGUUUUUUCCCUCUGUCUCCCCGCAAAGCUACACUCUGUGUUGUCCUGAGCGCAGUGGAGUCCGGACCACAGCAUCACCUGCACCAGUCUGUCGGCUUUAGCGCAGAUUCUCAUCCCCCCUUUGACUGAAAUCACCUGUACACAGAAGAUCACCAGCAAAAUAUUGGUGACGGACUUCCACCCCGCCAAAGAAGACAUAAACCAGGUCGAGUGGAAGAUCGGCCACCUCGGAACCAACAGAGGCUGCUCGCCGUAGAGGGGGACGAAGUGAAAAGCAUGAGUUCAUGCAGCACAGAUGUUAAGGAAAAUCGCAACUUGGACAACCUCUUCUCCAAAGAGGGGGUUGCAGCUGAGGCUGCUCAACUCCCCAAUGGGAGUGCUGGGGGUGGGAGGAAACGUCCCUUAGAGGAGGGCAAUAACGGGCAUGCGCAUUCCAAGUACAAGCCCAAGAAGCGUAAGAAAGUCCCCGGGCCCAUUCUGCCAAAGAAUGCCCUCAUGCAGCUGAAUGAGAUCAAGCCGGGGCUGCAGUACAAACUGCUCUCUCAGACCGGACCCGUCCAUGCGCCCGUCUUUGUGAUGACUGUGGAGGUCAACGGGCAGCUCUUUGAAGGUUCUGGUCCGACCAAGAAGAAGGCCAAGCUGAACGCAGCGGAGAAGGCCCUGCGGUCCUUCGUACAGUUCCCCAACGCAUCUGAAGCCCACAUGGCUAUGGGCCGGACUCUGUCAGUCCACACGGACUUCACCUCGGACCAGGCGGACUUUCCGGACAUGCUCUUUAACGCCUUUGAGACAUCCGCUCCAGUAGAUGACCCGUUUUACCUCGCAUCCAACAGUAACGGUUCCUUCAGCUCAUUGGGGAUUGAGUACCCAUUGCUCCCUUCCCCUGUCCCAAACCUGGUCCAGGCCCCCUUACCUCCUGCCCCCUCCGCCUUCAUCUCCCCUACAAGUGGCAAAAAUCCAGUCAUGAUCCUCAACGAGUUGCGGCCGGGUCUCAAGUAUGACUUUGUGUCAGAGAGCGGGGAGAGCCACGCCAAGAACUUUGUCAUGUCAGUGACAGUGGAUGCUCAGAACUUUCAGGGUUCUGGGAGGAACAAGAAGCUGGCCAAAGCCCGGGCUGCCCAGGCUGCUCUCUUUGCUUUGUUUAACAUGCAGCUGGAUCAGGCUCCAUCCAGACAACCGAUACCCAGAGAAGGACUGCAGCUUCACCUGCCACAGGUCCUGGCAGACGCCGUCUCCCGCCUCGUCGUUGACAAGUUCAGCGAACUGACGGACAACUUCACGUCGCCGCACGCUCGCCGGAAAGUGUUGGCGGGGGUCGUCAUGACAACAGGUACUGAUGUGAAGGAGGCUCAGGUGAUCUGUGUGUCUACGGGGACAAAGUGCAUCAACGGUGAAUACAUGAGCGAUAGAGGUUUGGCCCUCAAUGACUGCCAUGCUGAGAUUGUGGCUCGCCGCUCACUCAUCAGGUACCUGUACUCCCAGCUGGAACACUUCCUCAGUAACCAUGAAGAGGAGCAACAGAAAUCCAUUUUUAUCAGGUGUAACAACACCCAAGGCUUCAGACUGAAGGAACACGUCCAGUUCCACCUGUACAUCAGCACCUCGCCCUGUGGAGAUGCCCGUAUCUUCUCUCCCCAUGAAGCCGGAGUGGAGGAUCAGGGGGACAGACACCCGAACAGAAAAGCACGAGGGCAGCUGCGUACUAAAAUAGAGUCCGGUGAAGGAACCAUCCCAGUGCGCUCCAGUAACACGAUUCAGACAUGGGACGGGGUUCUGCAGGGUGAGAGGCUGCUCACCAUGUCCUGCAGCGACAAAAUAGCCAGGUGGAACGUGCUUGGAUUCCAAGGCUCUCUGAUGAGCUACUUCACUGAGGCCGUCUACUUCUCCAGCAUCAUCCUGGGCAGCCUGUACCACGCUGACCACCUCUCCAGAGCCAUGUACCAGAGGAUUACUGAGAUCGAGGACCUGCCACAGUCCUUCAGCCUGAACAAGCCACUGCUCAGUGGUAUAAGUAACGCAGAGGCACGCCAGCCAGGAAAAGCACCCAACUUCAGUGUGAAUUGGACGGUGGGAGACCAAGGCUUAGAGGUGAUCAACGCCACCACAGGGAAAGAUGAUCUGGGUCGGCCCUCCAGGCUCUGUAAACACGCUCUCUACAGCCGCUGGAUACGCCUCCACUGCAAGCUCUCGCCCGCCCUGCGGAUCAGAACAGUGAGACCCAGCAUUUACCACGAAGCCAAGCAGGCAGCGGUGGAGUACCACUCCGCCAAGCAGGCGCUCUUCAGAGCCUUUCACAAAGCCAGCCUGGGCGCCUGGGUGAAGAAGCCAAUAGAGCAGGACCAGUUUGCACUCCAACACACCUGAAUCCAUGCUGAGCGGCUGGUGAUGGGGUCAGACUGUACGCUUUGUUUCCUGGGUCGGUUUCAGCAGUGGAAUAACUUCCCUCUGGAUCGUCAUAGACUGGACUGUGUUUUACUGAGGCACCAAAUCCAGAUGUCACAAUCCAUUUUUAUAGCCUCAUGCUACAGCCAGCACUACACAUCAAAAAAGAAAAUUAUUCAGUCGGUUAUGCAACUUUAUACAAAGGACAAAUGUACAAAAAGACUUUGGGUAUGAAAACUUGUAAACAGCAUUGUUGGUUGAAAUGGCACUUGUUUAUAUAAGAAUAGUGAUAUAUUAAUUUUGCAUGUUUGAUUAAGCCAAAUUGAUAGGAAGUCUCCAGUAAAAGGUUUGUUAUCAUGUAUCAGUGUUGUGAGAACUUGAGAAUGUCCUCCUGCAGUUUGUAAAACUGUCUUUUCUCUGCUUUGUUGCAGUUGUUUUACUGCAAAUCUGAGCUCACACAGAUAUUUUCUUCCAUUUUACGCUAAAAAUAUGCACACUGAGAUGUCUAAACAGACAGAAACCUUCCACAGCUCCACCCUCAAGCUCAAACCUCCAGUCCAAUUAAAGAAAUUUGCUGUUAUGAGUACUUUUGGAUCCUUAAUACAAUACUACGUUAUUUCCUUCUUUAAAACUUACUUAGAGUUGUUUUAAAAUGAUAAUGGUUAUUAUUGGAAUAAUGGUUCUUAGUGUCGCUACUAAGAUGGUUUAACGUGAAAUAAGUCACAUUUACAAUGUUUUACAUUUCUAAUCAAGCUAGCUAAUGGCAUCUACCCUCACUCUGGUUCACGACACAAGCAAAACAUAAAAACAGGUUAGUUUUGUAUUAAAUAUUGUCAAGAAAAAUCAAUAUACAUGGAUACCAAUAUUGGUGUCCCUCCAGUGGUGUAGUCAGUAAGUUACCUUGUCUGAGAGUGCGUGUGUGUGUGUGUGUGUGUGUGUGUGUGUGUGUGUGAAUGCUGGCUUGUGGUGUAAAAGUGCUUUGGUUGCAAAGACUAUUUCACCUCCUCGACAAAGGACACAUGUCAUUUAAAUAAACUGUUUGAUUGUUGUUAACCUCCUUUAUAGAAAAUUGAUGGUUGUGGGCAGUGUAUUUUUAGGGGGAGACAGCAGGGCAACAGUACAUGCCACAUAGAAGUGUUGAAAUGCAGAUCAGCACUGUGUCAAGUUGUUCUAGUCCUAAAUCUCUAAUAAAAAAUGACUUAAUUGAUCAGUUAAUUAAACCUAUGAAGGGGUAUAAGGGUUCAGAGGAUUAAUGUAUGGCUUUCUUAAGUCCAUUUCCAUGUUCAACUAUGUCCCAUAAGUUGCUGCAGCAAUUUCUGCUAUAUCCGGCUGAAUAAGGCCAAUUUUUAAAUAUGGAGAAUGGAUAAAAAAUUAGACUAAGACCUUUGGACCACCAUGUAGCAGCCCAUGCUUUGAUUUGGUUUCAAAAACAUUUCACAUUUUGGAGAUAUCUGAAUUUUUGACGAUUGGAUAAUGAGCACUUAUGCGCUGCUUAAACUGUUGGGAAACCCCAUUAUUGUCAAUAUACCUUGGAAAGUUAUGCAUCCUCUGAAUGCUCAAGGUCUAUAGUUUGUUGUUUGUGGUUAUGGUCAAGAUUCAAGAAAUGCUGUCACUGCAAUGAAAUGGCAACUAUGGCCACUUAUUUUUUUUUAGAGUUUGAAACUGUUUUGUUCAGGUCAGUCGUCUAUGGGGCUGCACAAUUAAUCAAAUUUUAAUCGUGAUCAUGAUUUUGGCCGCCACGAUUGAAUUAACCUGAUCGUCAGCAAUAUUUCCAUUUUUUAAAAUGUGGCUCUCCUGCAUAUCUAAUCAAGCACUUUCUACACCAGUAGUCCACCAACCACCAGGGGGGAGGGCCUAGUUCUCCCCUGAAAAAAGCCUGGUUGCUGAUUGGAUAGAACGCUAAGCAGGAUGUGACAUAGAACUCGAUGAAACAGCAACACGCGCCAUUUGUAAAAGUCGGCCAAGCAGUGUUGCCAACUUAGCAACUUUGUAGCUAUAUUUAACGACUUUCAGACCGACUCAGUGACUAUUUUUCAAAAAAAGCGACUGGCAAGAAAAUCCAGCGACUUUUUCUGGUGUUAUUGGAUACUUGUUCUUACUCUUCUUAACGAGCUGCGGGGGCCGGCGGCUCUUCUUAACGAGCCGCGGGGUCAGCGGCUGGUUAAGAGUAACAACGAGUCGAAUCGGCACAGUCCUCCUGCAACAGUCUCUCCCAGCUGCAAAGCCGGAGGGGAUGUUAACCGCUUAUCGUCCAGUCUGCAAAUUGCUAAUAGGCUAACCGUUAGCUCUGUAGCAGUACAGUGUGUAUGUGCUGCUGCCGCAGGAGGUGUUCACUUAGCGAUCUGUUUGUUUACAACAAGCACCAGACACUCUGUGCACAGUUAGUGAUGCCGGUUAAUUCACACUCACUACGUUCAUUAUGCUGUGCAUAAUUAGCCAUGCUGCUUUUUUAUCUGUGCACACACUAAAAACUGUUCCUAUUUUUUGUUUAAAAGUAGUGCAAUAAAAUUACAGAUGUUUUUUCCUAACAUGAUGAAUAAUCGGGAUUAAUAAUCGGGACUACAAUAUUGAUCAAAAUAACCAUGAUUAUCAUUUUGGCCAUAAUCGUGCAGCCCUAGUCGUCUAUGAGGACUAUUUAAGAGUUCUCACAUCAUGAGUGAAGCACUCAGUUGAGGUUGUUAGGAUCAACCCUAACCCUAACCCUGUUGGUGAUUUUUUAUUUUGAGUAUGACCAGCCAUGUUCACAUGUAACCAGACAAAGGAAUCACUCUAGAGGUAUAACAUCUGUCAAAUGAACCCUGUUGCACUGGAUCAGGGUACCAAUCUUUAUGCAAUGACACGUGAGAGUGUGUGACUCUCUCCUGCAGUGACAGUCCCUAAAACCUAGACCACGCUAGUGUAACUAUUCAGCCACUAUGAUCACCAGGGAAAGCUCACCAAAGAUGAUGUCAACAUCUGUCAAUCCUUUGACAGUUUUUAUUGUCUACCAAUCUGUGAUGAUGUGCUGUUUUAUGUUUGAUGUUCAGCUCUUUCAAACCAAACAAGACAGGUCUGUUUCCUCUAUAGCACAGACAUUAUCUACAUUUCAUGUCCUGAUCUAGCUUGUAUUUAUGUUUUAAAUGUACUUGUUGUAAAAGCAUUUCUUUGUAAAUUCUUAACUUUUUUUAUUAUCUCAACUCUGCUGUGAAGGUCCUCUGGAUGUAAACCUUCAGCCUCAAUCAAAGGGCAUAAUUAACUUAUUUUAACAUAGCUCGGGUUAUUUUCGUUACAUACUUUGAAUGUGUAUCCUUCUGCUUCUGUUUAAUUGCUGAAAACAGGUCUUAACUUUGAGCAUGUGCAGACCUGUUCCUGUCUUCAGACUUGGGCCCUCAGGGUUUUUGGAGGUGCCGGCCAUUAUGUUUUCACAGGAUAUGCACUUUUUAAAAAGGGAAGCUAUUUAUUUUUUCCAUUGACUUUGAGGUAAAGCAAAAGUGAAUGGAUGAUGGUAAAAUCUAGUCCAGCAUAAGUCCACAUGUUGAUGCUUGGUGAGCCUCCAUAGUUCUGAUGGGUUCAUGCACUACGUUGUUGAUGUGCCCCAUAAAAGAUAGCAAGUGUGGGGCCUAAUGCAUGAGCUCUACUUGUAAAGCAUGAAAAUAUGAAUAUAAAAUAUGUAGAAACUGAGUCAAGUCACUGAGCUAGAGAUUUAAUAAAAUGCUAUUACAGUCA